GAGCCCUGCGGAAGCGAACGACGAAAGCAUGGAUGCGUUCGGGCGCGUGCGUGCAAAGUCAUGAUAGAAGACGAUAAAUUACGUGAAAUCGCGUUCUUUGAGCGCGUGCGACUGCUCGUGAAAUGAGCUUUGACCAUUUUGAUGUCCAGGUGCGUUCGUGCGAGAUCAUGCUCGAAAACGACGAAGGACGUGAAGUCGCGCGAAGCGCGUGUUGUGUCUAAAAGCCCGUUCGAUCGGACACCGUUGUCAUAAUGGCUGAGCAAGCGAUGAUGACUGCCGUUAGGAUUAAACGUAAAGCGGACGAGAAUCCUUCAGGUGCGAUUGUGCUGGCCACAAAAAGAGCAAGAACAAGCCAUGAGAACGAGUCUGGCGAGAAUUUCGCCUUUGAGUACGCCGGCACCGUUAACACCCCUAGUGAUGUGGAUGCAGCAAUCCAGCAAAUUAAAGAAGCAAAGCGUAGGAGGAUGAACCCUAAGGUUCAUUCGGUGGACAUCCACUCCAAACUGAGAGAUGAACAUCGUUCAUCCAGCAAAGAAAAUCGCCUGCAGUUGCUUCUGAAACACCGGUCCAUUCUUGAAGUCUGCUCUGAAGAGGUCACCGAUGAAAACUUGGAGGCUCCGCGUGAGUCGACCCACAGCUUGUUCCAGCUUUAUGACGUGUUUGCUGAAGACAGUGAAAAAGACGAUGACACAAAAGAAAAUGAAGACCCAGAGAAGAAGAAAUCAGAAAUUGCAUGCAACAAUGUUCCUAUGGUCCGUGAAGCUGCCAGGGAGGAAGAAGUGGACGAAAGUUAUGUUUAUGACAUCUACUACAAUGAUGUCCACUGUAACUUCAUUGGGGAGGAUGAGUUUCGUCUUUUCCGCUGCGGUCCGCCGGACGCAUUUGCCCCGGAACAUGACUUUGCUUAUGACUCUGACCCUGGGUUGGAUGCUGGUGAUGGAGAGGACACUGACAGCAAUGCUGAGGAUAACUGGAGGAACGACUACCCAGAUGAUGAGGACACAGAUAUCCUAAAACAGUUUGACAUGUAUGCUGAGUACUUUGAAGACGUGAGUACCAGCUCCUUGAGGAACCAGCUGAAUGGCCUGAGCCUGGUCUUCAGUGAUGAUGAUGAGCCGGCUCAGGAAGACUAAGGGUUUCUAGCAUUUCCUCAAGGACCAUUUCUUUUUUUUUUUUAUUUCCUCAAGAGCCUUUUUUUUAUUUGUCACAUUUUGUAAUAAAGUUGUGUGUUGUGUGACCGUGA